CGCCGCCUCGCUCCCCGGCAGCCGCGCCAUGGCAGGCAUCGCGGCCAAGCUGGCCAAGGACCGGGAGGCGGCCGCGGGGCUGGGCUCGCACGAGCGGGCCGUCAAGUACCUCAACCAGGACUACGGGGCGCUGCGGGACCAGUGCCUGGAGGCCGGGGUGCUCUUCCAGGACCCCUCCUUCCCCGCCAUGCCGUCCUCCCUGGGCUUCAAGGAGCUGGGACCCUACUCCAGCAAGACGCAGGGCAUCGAGUGGAAGCGGCCCACGGAGAUCUGCGACGAUCCCCAAUUUAUUGUUGGAGGAGCCACCCGCACAGACAUCUGCCAAGGAGCCCUGGGUGACUGCUGGCUGCUGGCAGCCAUCGCCUCCCUCACCUUGAAUGAAGAAGUGCUGGCGCGAGUCGUCCCCUUAGACCAGAGCUUCCAGGAGAACUAUGCCGGGAUCUUCCAUUUCCAGUUCUGGCAGUACGGCGAGUGGGUGGAGGUGGUGGUGGACGACCGGCUGCCCACCAAGGACGGGGAGCUGCUGUUCGUGCACUCCGCAGAAGGCACCGAGUUCUGGAGCGCGCUCCUGGAGAAGGCCUACGCCAAGAUCAACGGGUGCUACGAAGCGCUCUCAGGGGGCGCCACCACCGAGGGCUUCGAGGACUUCACGGGAGGCAUCGCUGAGUGGUAUGAGUUGAAGAAGGCCCCUGCCAACCUGUUCAAGAUCAUCCAGAAGGCUCUGCAGAAAGGCUCACUCUUGGGCUGCUCCAUUGAUAUCACCAGCAUCGCGGACUCGGAGGCCGUCACGAUGCAGAAGCUGGUGAAGGGACACGCGUACUCUGUCACCGGAGCCGAGGAGGUGGAAAGUAGAGGAAGCCUGCAGAAACUGAUCCGCAUCCGAAAUCCCUGGGGAGAGGUGGAGUGGACCGGGAAGUGGAAUGACAACUGCUCGAACUGGAACACUGUUGACCCCGAGGUGAGGGAGAGGCUGACCAGGCGGCAUGAGGACGGAGAAUUCUGGAUGUCUUUCAGCGACUUCCUGAGGCACUAUUCCCGCCUGGAGAUCUGCAACCUGACCCCCGACACCCUCACGUCUGAUACCUACAAGAAGUGGAAACUCACCAAGUUGGAUGGCAACUGGAGGCGGGGCUCCACCGCGGGAGGCUGCAGGAACUACCCGAACACGUUCUGGAUGAACCCUCAGUACCUGAUCAAGCUGGAGGAGGAGGACGAGGACCAGGAGGACGGGGAGAGCGGCUGCACCUUCCUGGUGGGCCUCAUCCAAAAGCACCGGCGGCGGCAGAGGAAGAUGGGCGAGGACAUGCACACCAUUGGCUUCGGCAUCUACGAGGUUCCGGAGGAGCUGGCUGGACAGACCAGCAUCCACCUCGGCAAGAAGUUCUUCCUGACGAACAGAGCGCGGGAGCGGUCGGACACCUUCAUCAACCUGCGGGAGGUGCUCAACCGCUUCAGGCUGCCCCCCGGGGAGUACGUGGUCGUGCCCUCCACCUUCGAACCCCACAAGGACGGCGACUUCUGCAUCCGGGUCUUCUCCGAGAAGAAGGCUGACUACCAGGUUGUCGAUGAUGAGAUCGAGGGCAACAUUGAAGAGAUCGACAUCAGUGAGGACGACAUCGAUGCUGGAUUCAGGAAGCUGUUCGCCCAGUUGGCCGGGGAGGAUGCAGAAAUUUCUGCCUUUGAGCUGCAGACGAUCCUGAGAAGAGUUCUCGCCAAGCGCCAAGACAUCAAGUCAGAUGGCUUCAGCAUCGAGACCUGCAAAAUCAUGGUCGACAUGCUGGACUCCGACGGCAGCGGCAAGCUGGGCCUGAAGGAGUUCUACGUGCUCUGGACGAAGAUUCAGCAGUACCAGAAAAUUUACCGGGAGAUCGACGUGGACAGGUCUGGCACCAUGAACUCCUAUGAGAUGCGCAAAGCACUAGAAGCAGCAGGUUUCAAGAUGCCCUGUCAACUCCACCAAGUCAUCGUUGCUCGCUUUGCAGACGACGACCUCAUCAUCGAUUUCGACAAUUUUGUCCGGUGUUUGGUUCGACUGGAAACACUCUUCAGGAUAUUCAAGCAGCUGGACCCCGAGAACACUGGGACAAUACAGCUCGACCUUAUCUCUUGGCUCUGUUUUUCAGUACUUUGAAGUUAUAAUGUAACCUGCGUGAAGACUUCUCAUGGAAGAAAAUCAGCCACGGACUAAAACUUUUUAUCUGGACCUUGAUUAUGGGAACAUUACUUAAACUGAUUAUUAUAGCUGAACAUAAUGAUACCAUUUGAAAUAGGGAAAGAUCUGCAUAUCAGUAGACUAAAUUCGCGUGAGUUGCUUAACCCUCAAAGAGAGCUUUCAAUCUGUAAAUAGUAUACACUUUUUACUUUUACACAGUCCCGUUCAGAGCGGUAUCGAUCGGGAAACGUGCAGGAAGGUAUUUACCAGCUGAGCAAAUACUCAGGCGAGCUCAGAGGAACCGGGGUCCUUGCUGGGAAUAUUGAAAGCAACAUCCAGUGGGAAAAUGCAGCAUUUCCGAAACAGCAGCGCAGGGCUUUUGAGCAAAAUCGAGACUAGGAGGGUCACGAGGUGGUGGUGUCGAGGCAUCUGAAGAAUCCAGGUGAGAAGGAGACACGGGUUUUAUUGAAGCUGAUUGGUUAACAGUAAAUCUUGUGAAACUCAAGGCCUGGAGUGUGUCUGGUCUCACAUGCCGAGUGUUAUAAAUGCCGAAGGGAGUCCACACGUGUGCAAACCGAGUGCCCACGACAAGCUGUUUGCUGCCUGCCUCUAACCCGCACCUGGCCGCCCCCAGCGUCUGUGCAUGGCGUGGGGGACACACACAGGACACCCGUAGAAACAACACAAGCUCGUUUCUCGGCUUUUCCUUGGGGCCCUGCUAACUCUAUAAAAUACUGCCUUGUUGCCUUACCUUCUGACAAAUGUACUGUUAAAUAAAGUCACCUGGGCAAGCCCCCGUGGCGUGCUGUCCUUCCUGGGGGGGCCCUCGGGGGGCGCCCCGUUUGCAGCCUGUUUCCUCUUUAACAAAGCACAACACCUCUAAAUCC